AUCUCUCCCAGUUUCAAGAGCUCUUGAGAUUUAUAUUCACUUUUAACAAGUUGAGAUUCCCGUUACUUCCGCGAUUUAUGAAGGUUUGAUUUAAAUACACUCGGAAAAGUUAGCUAAUUUUAAAAAUGUGGUGAUAUUUGUCCCCCACAUGGAUCGGCCACUAGGUAUUUGAAGCACCAAAGCUCUUUCUCCUUUCUUUUGUAUAGCUACAAAAUCGUGAGAAAAUUACUACAAUCAAGAAACCAAAAUAGAGAAACAUCAAACAUGAAUAAGUUUCGAUUGCCUACUAGUUUCAUAUGUGUGGUAUUAACAUUCUAUAUAGUAAAUGUGAGUUCUGCCAAAACACCAUCAUGGGCAAAAACAGAACGUUAUGGCCACGAGCAUAAAACAGUCAUACAAUUCUACUUCCACGACGUCAGAAGCGGGGACGCCCCAACCGUUGCAUUGAUCGCGCAGCCCGUAGAAGCCCGCUCCUUCGCCUCGGGCUUCGGCAACCUCUUCAUGGCCGACGAUCCACUCACUGUAAGCCCUGAUCCAAACUCCAAGCUGGUUGGUCGGGCUCAAGGGUUUUAUGGUUCAGCUUCGCAGGAAAGUGUGAGCUAUAUCAUGGGCUUGACUUAUGGAUUUGUUGACGGGAUCUAUAAUGGGAGUUCCGUGGUUAUAUUUGGCCGGAACUCGAUCGUGAAUCGGGUGCGGGAGUUUCCGGUUGUUGGCGGGACUGGGAUUUUCCGGAUGGCUCGUGGAUUUGCGGUGGCUCAAACUUACUUCCAUAAUAGUACUACUCAUAACGCCAUUGUGGUGGGAUACAAUAUUACAGUAUUUCACCUAGAGCUGGCCAUGGGCCGUGCUGGGCCUGACCACGGGCCAGGCCCGCGGGCUGAAGUGGAAUACGGGCCGGGCCAGGCCCGUGGCCCAUGA